ACAAUGAAAGUAAGCCAAUCUUGAAAACCUAUUUACAUCACAAGGAAAGAUAGAGGUCAAAUGAGCCUGAAAGAACCACAAAAACAAAACCAAAGCAACAACAACUGCGCCAAAACCUUUUUAGCUGCUUCUUGAGAUACCCACUUGCAUAUUUUGCAGGGUUAGUGCAGUUUCACUGGGGAAAGUUCAGUUUUACUUGUGGAACAAAGUUUUUCAAAUAAAGUUUAGAUUGAUAACAUUUGAGUUUGGGCAGUAAAUCAAAAACUUGAUGGAAUAUACGGUGAAAUUUAAGUGCCUUCAAGAGCUAGUGAGGGGGAAAAUGAAGGGAAAAAUGGUUGUGUUUAUUUACUUGAUAGGACACCAACGCUUUCUGCUCUCAGUUAGGACAGGAUUCUGUUGACCACUAGAAAUUGGAAAACGCUUUAGUAAAGGGGACUUGUAAUUGGGUUCUUGAGAGAACACAAAUGGAGAAUAUGGAACUGUUUGAUGGUGGUUCAGGGAGUUCUGUUCCUGAAGAUCAAUUAAACUUUUCAGAGCUGAUGAAUCUUGAUGUCUAUGCUGGCUGGUGCAACAGCCCUCUUGCAACAGAUCAGAUGUAUGCAUCCUAUGAGUUUUCGUCGUUUCAGUCUAUGCCUUAUGCCUCUUUUGAUACAUUAAAUGUAACCGGACCAAAUCCUUCUGCAGUUCUUGAUGGUGCUAGCACAUCAAAUACUAUGGGAAAUUCAAACAAUUGUGCAGACAAGAUGGUUUUUCAACAAAAAAAUACUGCAUCUUGUUAUUUGGAUCCUAAUGAUGAAGAUGGUUUGGUUCAUAAACAAAGUAAUGGUGGUUAUCUAGAAAACAAGGUCUCAAAUGUGUCAAAUUGUUCAGUUUCUCGGCCAGUUCCACUAUCACUUGACGAGAAGAUGCUUAAGGCAUUGUCAUUCUUUAAAGAGUCGUCUGGAGUGGGCAUUUUAGCGCAGGUCUGGGUUCCAAUACAGCGCGGAAAUCAGUAUAUCUUGAGCACUUUUGACCAGCCCUACUUGCUUGAUCAAAUGCUUACAGGGUAUCGAGAAGUGUCAAGGGCAUAUACCUUCUCUACAGAAGUGAAACCGGGUUCUUUCCCAGGGCUUCCUGGUCGUGUAUUUAUCUCUAAAGUUCCUGAGUGGACUUCAAAUGUAGUUCAUUACAAUGAGGACGAGUUCUUGAGGGUGGGACAUGCUGUUGAUCAUGCAGUUCGUGGUUCUAUUGCCUUACCUGUCUUUGAAUAUCCUGAAAUGUCUUGUGCUGCUGUUCUGGAACUUGUCACUGUGAAAGAGAAGCACGACUUUGAUUUAGAGAUGCUUAGUGUUUGCAAUGCGCUCCAGGCUGUAAAUUUAAGGACUAGUGCUCCUCCGCGUCUUCUUCCCCAGUGCAUCUCAAGGAAUAAGAGAGCUGCCUUAACAGAGAUAGCUGAUGUUCUACGAGCUGUAUGUCAUGAACAUAGAUUGCCACUGGCUCUAACUUGGAUUCCCUGUCAUUACAACGAGGAAGCAGUUCAUGAAAUCAUAAACGUGCGGGUGAGAGAGGGUAAUACAAGCUCCGUUGGAAAAAACAUUCUAUGCAUUGAGGGUGCAGCUUGUUAUGUAAAUGACAGAGACAUGCAAGGAUUUGUGCAUGCGUGUACAGACCAUUAUCUUGAGGAAGGACAGGGUAUAGCUGGAAAAGCUCUUCUAUCGAAUCACCCUUUCUUCUUCCCUGAUGUAAAAUCAUAUAAUAUAAGUGAAUAUCCACUUGUCCAUCAUGCACGUAAGUUUGGGCUGAAUGCUGCUGUUGCAAUUAGAAGUAGGAGCACCUACACGGGUGAUGACGAUUAUAUCCUUGAGUUCUUCCUCCCUGUCAACAUGAAAGGGAGUUCAGAGCAGCAAAACUGUUUAAAUAACCUUUCAGGUACUAUGCAGAGAAUCUGUAAGAGUUUGAGAAUGGUAACAGAGGGAGAAUUGGUUGGGAAUGAAGGCUCUAAAGUUGGGUUUCAGAAGGGCACAGUAACAAGUUUUUCACCACUGUCAAUGUCAAGGAAUUCUCAUACUGCAAUCUCUGAGAGCAACUUCAACUCAAUUGACCUGAUGCACACUGAUGUAUCUAAUUCAAAAAGUGAUGGAACAGAAUCAAAUGGUCAUCGUGAACAGGUGAUGAGUGGAUCACGACGACAUACGGAGAAGAAGAGGAGUACGGCAGAGAAAAAUGUGAGCUUGAGUGUUCUUCAGCAGUACUUUUCUGGGAGUCUUAAGGAUGCUGCAAAAAGCAUUGGCGUCUGCCCGACCACGCUGAAAAGGAUAUGUAGACAACAUGGGAUUUCUAGAUGGCCAUCCCAGAAGAUAAACAAAGUGAACCGUUCGUUAAGGAAAAUACAAACUGUGCUUGACUCUGUUCAGGGGGUGGAAGGUGGAUUAAAGUUUGACCCAACCACAGGUGGGUUUGUGGCAGCAGGCUCAAUCAUUCAAGAAUUUGAUGCUCGGAAAAAAUUUCUCUUCCCUGUCAAGAGCGUUGAGCCAAUAACUCAAGAUGCGGCAUCUAUACCUCCAGCCCUUUCUAUGAAUAUAGAAAAGUCCACAGUUAAAUUGGACGAAGAUAAAUGCAGUUUAGACAAAAACCAAGUAGGCCCUGGAAGGAGCAUGAUCAUUCCAAAUAGCUCUGAUGGAGAACCAAAUAAAUCAAACGUUUUCUUGAUUGAUUCUACUGAAAACUCCAAGUUGGUUGGAAUAGAUGCAGGACAAUUUCGGCCAGCAAAGCUUAGUACUGCAGCUUGGGUAACUCCUGAAAAGGGUUCCAUGGGUUCAUGUUUCUCAAAAGCAGAAAAAUGGGCUCUGAACAAGGAAGGGUUGAAAUUAGAGAAUUCUGACUGUCAAUAUGUGUGUCAGUGCCCGAGCUCCUUGGCUGCUGCAGAGGAGAUGGAUACCAGAUUGGAGGCUUAUGACGGAAUGGUUGAGCAUAACCAACCUACUUCUUCAAGCAUGACGGACUCAUCAAACGGUUCCAUGGUGCAUGGUUGUUCAUCAAGCUCCCAAAGCUUUGAACAGGGGAAGCAAUCAAAAGUUCAAACAAGCUGCAGAGACAGUGGUACAAAAAUUACCGUGAAAGCUACUUACAAAGAGGAUAUCAUCCGAUUCAAGUUUGAACCUACUGCAGGGUGUUUCCAACUGUAUGAGGAAGUUGCCAGGAGGCUCAAACUGCAAACCGGUACCUUCCAGCUCAAGUAUCUAGAUGACGAAGAGGAAUGGGUGAUGUUGGUCAGUGACUCAGACUUGCAGGAAUGUCUUGAGAUAAUGGAAACCAUGGGCACACGAAGUGUGAGGUUCCUCAUUCGUGAUAUGCCUUGUGCACUGGGCAGCUCUGGAAGUAGCAAUUGCUUUUUGGUUGGUGGUUCGUAGUUGACGCCCAACACUGGCAAUCUUUUCCAUCACACAGGGUGACAUUCUUCCCAGAAAGUUGGAAACUUAUACCUUCCUUCCUAGUUUAGCAGUAAUCUCAUGAAAUGAAGCAUCUCUGUCCCGUGGUCCAAGUUGUUAGUCCAGUCAGAAUGAAAAGCUCCAAAGAACAGCUUUGCAUUGUGGAAUGAUCAUCAUAAAUGUUAAUGUAUAGUAUAAGUCUGUAUAUGUUAGAAGUAAUUAAACAGUUGUAGAAUAGAUUUGCAUAUUAAUUUUGAUAAUAAUAAAGUUUUAUCUCUUGCA